AUGUGCGACUAUUGCGAUAGUUGCUGUUGCGAUGACGAUUUGUACCUCCAUUCCUGGGAUGAGUUCUCUGAUAUUUGCGACGUUUGUAACAAUGUUUAUGACGAUUUUCCUGAUCAUAAUUCAGUAAAUAUAAAAGGCAAUUCUGAUUGCUGUGGAAUCUGCAACAUCUGUGGUUGCGAAUUUUGUGAUUCGAAACCAAUUGGAUUAUCGAUUGGCCCACACUAUUGCGAUUCAACCAAUAAUAUACAGCACUGUUCAGAUGAGCGUACUCCCGGAAUACCGCAAAGCAAGUUUGGAGUCAAAUUGAUACCGAACUACAGCUAUUCAAAUAAACAGAAACCCUUAAAACUGUUUAAAAAGGACUUUUGUUGUUUAUCAAAGAUUCCUAAAUCUAAUAUUUUUGUGUUGCCGUUGCCUGAGGGAUCUAAGAGUUUUGAGAUCAUAGCCAACCGUAUGAAACCUAAGUCAAAGUCAGCACAUGGAUCUGAAAAAUCAAGACCAGCUAAGAAAAAUAAAAAACUGCCCAAAUUAAAAAUUUCUACACCCAAAUGA